AUGCCUCGACCACGUCUUAAUGCCUUCGACUCUAGCGAACCACUUCUCCGAACUACCAAUGCUGCCAACGCUGCACGUAGACAUAUUACGGGAUUUUGGGAGGGAUUUGUCGAUUUUGCUUUCAAUGAUAAUGUGCUUCAUGUUGCUAUUGGUUUGAUAAUAGCGCAAUCCUUCACAGCUCUUAUAACCUCACUUGUCUCUUCCGUUCUCCUCCCACCACUCUCUCUCCUCCCUUUCCUAAACAAGAACCUUGAAGAGAAAUUUGCGGUUUUGAGGCCCGGUCCUCAUUAUGAUGGUAUGCUUCACAACCACACUGAGAUCGGUGAUGGAAUUGGAGAGGGAGUGGAGGGAAACGUAACCAUGGUCGUAAACAUGGGAAUGGAAUUUUUGUAUGGAGCAGGCUAUAAUACCUUGAAGCAGGCGAUAGAUGACGGGGGCUGCGUUGGUCUCGCUCUUUACGGCAUAGCAGGUCUCUACCAGUAUUUCAGUCAAGACAACGCUAUCAUCAAACACACCGUCCGUUGUAAAUAUUGUCGCAAGAAGAUUUUCGAGAAGGCACAACGCUGCGUUUUCUGCACCUCGUGGCAAGAUGGCCGCGAAGAUCUUCGUCCCGCUGCAGCUACUAUCUGA